AUGGCACAGACUACUGGGGUUGUUCGCUUCCUCCCUGAAGGUGACUGCAUUCUUUCAUCCCCAAGAUCUCUUCGAGAAUAUGAUGGUAAUUAUCUGCCAGGGUUGAAUGCAGAUGUAGGCUAUGGUACCCAGCGCUCCUUUACACCUAACCUGAAUUCGCGGAGAAUACAGGUAUUGAGAAAGAGUCUUACACCUGAAGCCAGGCGGGCUCAUCCUGGAAUGUUUAAUAGUACAGGGUCUUUGGUUUGCAGUAAUCCUGAUAAAGGACCAAAAUCUGGUAGAGUUACUGCUCCGUGCAGCCCCCUGCGGAGUAGUCCCCUUUACUCUCCUGGCUGUAGGAGACCUUUGGUGUUGCCGCAAACCUUGGGACAAAGUUCUAUUGUAACAUUUACGUUUGUGAAGAAAUCCAGUGUACAGACAUUAAAUGGGAUCCCAGCUCUGUCUGAUUCCAACCAAAAUGAGCAAAUGAAAGAUAAAGACCAAAGUAAGGACUGCUCUGUUAAGAAGGACUUGGGAGCAUGUCAUGAUACAGCUGCUGAGGAGACACUUUCUCCCAUAAGUGACGGGCUGGAUGGGUCUCCGGAUCAACAGACAUCUUCUCCCCAUGGAGAUAGAUCACAGCUGGUGUCUGACAGCUCACAAAUGUGCCAGAGGCAGUCGGACAGUGAAUCAGUGAGUGCGAGUCCCUGCACCACAUGUGUCCCAUACAGUCACCUGAGCCAGUCUAUUGACUCUUCCAAUAAAUAUGUUAAUGCUGAUAAGCCGGCAGUAGACAUCACGUCAUCCGUAUGCAGCUCAUCCUUAACCUCAAAUCCUCUCCAGAGAAAUGAGAGAGAAGCCAAUGUCUGUACUGAUGAUAUCCUGUUACCCAUGAGAGCUAAUACAGAGUCCAACGAAGACAUGAGCCGCAGCACACAAAGUCCAGUGAGAUCCAACCACAGCACGCAGAUUCAACAGAUUGAUGCGUGGGGAUAUCCAAAGGAGGCAUCUUCACAUGCGCAAAAGAUGGCGAAGGCCAAGUGGGAAUUCUUCUAUGGCUCGCCUGAAUCACAGAGAACGGGAAUAUCACAUUCUGGUUUGGAACUGAAGGAAUCUGCCUCAUCUCCAUGUUCACCUAUAAAUGUCAGUGUCUUAAAGAAGAGAUUUUCGGAGCCUGAACCUAAAGUCUUUGGGCACAGUCUCUGCCAUGUGGAAGUAGAGAUAGAAACAACUCAGAAGGCCAUCAGUUGUGAGACAGGAAUCAUCCGUAGAACCAUCAAGUACUCAGAAACAGACCUGGACUCUGUGCCGCUGAGGUGCUAUCGGGAGACAAAUAUCGAUGACAUACUCGCUGAGAAUGAGGGUUUGGAUUCAGCUAUUGGCAGCCAAAAAGACAGUGAGAGCAACAGUAGGAGCCUUACUGAGACAAGUGGGGAAAAGCCAGGUGAGCAGCCCACAACACAGGACAACGUGGCCUUCCCUAACAACACAGACCAGGACAACAUUACUUUCCCUAGCAACACGAAUGAUGACAACACAGUCUUCCCUAGCAACACGGGCCAGGAUGACACAGCCUUCCCUAGCAACAUGGCCCAGGAUAACAUAAUCUUCCCUAGCAACACAGCCCAGAAUAACAUGGCCUUUCCUAGCAACAUGGCCCAAGAUAACAAGGCCUUCCCUAGCAACACUUCCCAGGAUAACAUGGCCUUCCGUAGCAACACGGCCCAGGAUAACAUGGCCUUCCAUAGCAACACGGCCCAGGAUAACAAAGCUUUCCCUAGCAACAAGGCCCAGUAUAACACGGCCUUCCCUAGCAACAUGGCCCAGGACAACGCGGAAGAGUAUGAUGAUGAGGUCUUUGAAUCAACAAGACUGGAAGCUCUCAACCAAGAAAAUGAGAAGACGUCCCACAGAUUGUCACAGCCAUUCCUGCUCUGUCACCGCUUUUCUGAAGACGGUAUGGACUCGUUUAGCAAACAUUUUGAGAAUAUCAUGGAGUCCCAUCGAGCUAAGGGAACCUCUUACUCAAGUUUGGAUUCCAUUGACAUCCUCUCCUCUCCUGCUCAGAAUCAAAAUAGCUUUUUCACUUUUGACCUUCCAACGCUAACGUCAGAAACUCAGAAGCAGAUGUCCAGGAACGCUCAGCCUACUGAAGGCAAUAUGGCUCCCCUGGCGCACCUAGAGCUGGACUCUGGGACCAGUUCCGCCACUGAUUCUGCCUGGAGUGAAAGGGAAGAAGAGGUUGGAAAUACUACUGGGGCAACACACAACACAUUGCACAGUCCCUGCCUCUCUGAAGACAGUUUAAUUAUUGUUGACGCUAUCGUACAGAGUGAACCUCCACUUGGCAAUCUGGCCUCUGAAUUUGAUUCUGAGAUGGACAGCACGGAGAGGUUGGCACUAGGAAGUACAGACACCUUGUCCAAUGGACACAAGGCAGAUCAGGAGGCUGCUAAGCGCCUGGCAAAAAGGCUUUACAAUCUAGAUGGGUUCAAGAAAGCUGAUGUGGCCAGGCACCUGGGGAAGAACAAUGAAUUCAGUAAGAUGGUUGCAGAGGAAUAUCUGAAAUUCUUUGUCUUCACAGGAAUGUCUCUCGACCAAGCUCUCAGGAUGUUUCUGAGAGAAUUAGCACUUAUGGGAGAGACUCAAGAACGAGAGAGAAUUCUGGCGCACUUUUCCCAGCGAUAUCAUCAGUGCAACAACAAUAGUAUUUCAUCUGAAGAUGGUGUUCACACCCUGACAUGCGCUCUCAUGUUGCUGAACACUGACCUACACGGACACAACAUUGGGAAGAGAAUGUCCUGCUCAGAAUUCAUUGGCAACUUGGAAGGGUUAAAUGGAGGGAAGGAUUUCCCAAGAGAACUUCUCAAGGCGUUAUACAGCUCCAUUAAGAACGAGAAGUUACAGUGGACAAUAGACGAGGAAGAGCUGAGAAGAUCACUAUCAGAACUCGCAGACCCCAACCCCAAAUCCAUAAAGCGCAUCAACAGCUGUGGGAAGCCAUUCCUGGACUUCUCUCAAGACCCCAACAUCACAACCUACAAAUACGGCGUACUAGUGCGUAAAAUCCACGCUGAUCCAGACUGCAAAAAAACGCCAAGAGGAAAAAGAGGUUGGAAGACGUUUCACGGGAUACUGAAAGGGAUGAUUUUGUACCUGCAGAAGGAGGAAUAUAAACCAGGAAAACCUAUUUCCGAAGAAGACUUGAAAAAUGCAAUCAGCAUCCAUCACUCUCUCGCAACCCGAGCGUCAGACUAUAACAAGAGACCGAACGUCUUUUACCUGCGGACAGCGGACUGGAGAGUGUUUCUGUUCCAAGCUCAGAACGCAGAGCAGAUGCAUUCCUGGAUCACCCGCAUUAAUGUUGUAGCAGCCAUGUUUUCUGCGCCGCCAUUCCCAGCUGCCAUCGGUUCACACAAGAAGUUUAGUCGCCCACUUCUGCCCAGCUCCAUCACCAGGCACUCUCAGGAGGAACAGGUAAAAACACAUGAAUCCAAGUUCAAGAGCAUGUCGUCUAGUUUGAUAGAACAUCGCACAUCCCCUCCGGACAAAAAGGUGAAAGUAAAAGUGGAUGAAUUCAAACAGAAAGAAGAGUACUUAGAGUUUGAGAAGUCACGCUACGGCACCUAUGCCAUGCUACUGCGAGCAAAGCUGAAGGCUGGCACUGAAGAGUUGGAAGCUUUUGAAUCUACUCUCUUUGACUCAGCAGAAAAUGAUGAAGAUGGACUAAAAAAGUCACGGUCGAGUCCCUCUCUAAAUCUGGACCCACCUGUUUUAUCCACCAAAGCAAAAUGCCACCAGUCAGCUCGAUCCAGCUGCAGACCGACCCAUAGUAGCAGUCGGCAGAAAUCUUGAAGGACCAACAAGUUGUUUUUUUGGAGAAAGAAGAGUCUGAUGUCCCUCUUUAUCUAUAGCUACCUGCCGGGACCUUGGUUGGCACCACAAAGUGUUUGCAUGAUACCAUACAUUUUGCUGGUAAGCACUUAGCCAGGUGAAGUCUUUACAGAGCUUUAGAAAACUUUGCUGGAAGGCCCCCGCAAUGACAGGGUAAGUUCUCACACAGUAAAGACAUUGCCCAUGGAUAGGACACAACAUUCUCGCUGAACAACGAUCAUGUGCGUGAAAGCCACUCUAUUAUUUGUGUAUCUGUGACCAGAUGAUGAGUAAACCCUUUGUUUUAUAUUCAAAGCCAUUAAAUUCAUUUUAUCAGUGGGAAUUUACCAAAAAGUAGUAUUUCUUGUAUAACUUGGAUACCCAAAUGAACUUCAUUAUGGAUUCAAAUACAGCACAUAAACUUUCGUACCACUAAAUCUUUU